AGCAGCAGCUGACCGGAGCCUGUCUCGGAAUGGGUGGGGGCUUCACCCAGGAGCCUUGACGUAACCUAGAGGGACCGCGCGCCCCGCUUCUUAAGGAGCGGCGGGAGCCGCCACAAGCCCGGGCAGCGACGGGAGCCGGGGGCCACCGGGCGGGAGUCGGACGCGGCAGCUGGCGGAGUUUCAGUGACACAAUGGAUCCUGGGAACAGAGGAAGAAUUCACUCCAAUGUGAGACUUAUCUUCUGUGUGUUAAUCAUGGGAGUGUUUUGUGUGACUCCUUUCUUCUGCCAGAGCCAAAAUGAUCCACUGGCCCUUGGCCGAGCUGAUCCCCAGUGCUGGGCGUUCUCCACAGCUGCCUUGCUGGAGAUGAGGAAGCCACAUAUUUCUGAGUCUGUCAAUGGUUUUUGGGACUUUAUGAUCUUCCUGAAGUCAUCAGAGAACUUGAAGCAUGGGGCUCUGUUCUGGGACCUGGCUCAGCUCUUCUGGGAUAUCUAUGUAGACUGUGUGCUCUCCAGAACCCAUGGCCUAGGGAGGAGGCAACUGGCAGAGGCUGAACAGAAAAUCAUAGCUCUGCAUUCUCAGCUCACAGAGAGAAAGCAAGGGACAUUUGCUCACAAUCAGAAGACACGAGUGCUGAACAAGAAAGAGCUGAUUGAAGACUUAAUAAGCAUCCAUGUGCAUAAGAGUGGAUCUGCAUUACUCCGAAGAGUUAUUGGGGGGCUAGGGAUAAAGAGGAAACAAUUUGUCUAG